AUGACCUUCGGUGCGCGGCCAUGCUCGGGGCGGCUGGGCUGUCACCACUUCGGGCCUCCGGGGGCUCGUGUUCUUCGUUCCGUGGCCAUCGAGAACGGGAAGAGGGUGAAAUCACGCUCCAAGGGGCAAACUCGGAUCGCGAUCCAGCUGUUCCAGGCCAGCCUCGCCCUGGGCUGGCCCGGGGCCGGCGUCCAGGAGGCCUACCACCUCAUCGGCCGCGAGGACCUCGCUCUGCAGGCGCACGGCGAGCCGGGCUCUGGCGACGCGGAGGCGGGCGACGCCCUCGGCGGCGCCGGGGACCUCGAGGAUGCCGCCGGCCUCGACGACCCGCUGGGCCCCUCGCCGAGCACGGACCCGCUGGCGUCGGCCGAGUGGCUGUACAGGACCUUCGACCAGGACCGCAGGGCGAAGGAGGUCGCCCGCCUCCUGAGCUCGGCGCGGCCUGUGACCCUGCGUGUCGCGAGGCACACGGAGCACACGGACCACGACUUCGAGAAGGCCAAGCAGGUGCGCCUGGGGCGCGCGGUGGGCCGCCAGGCGGCGUUGUGCGUCGGGCGCGGCGCCUUCACGCUGGGCGCCGUGGCGCCCCUGCCCACGGAGCUGCUGCAGACGCCACCACUUACGCUCGCUGGCAGGUUCCCGCCGCAGGCUGCAGUCGUCUCCCUGGACCAGACCCAUCACAAUCCCGAGCUGAACUUGUGGGCCGAGUUCAACAACGGCGUGGCCACCGCGCUGCAGGUCCGCACGGCGCUCGGUCCAGAGAUCACCCGCGGCUGGAUCCUGCACCACCGGCGCCUCGUGUUCUCGUGCCUGACGUGGUCGAUCGCAGCGGUCUCUCACCAGCUGCCCCCUCUGAUGUUCGACAACACCAGGGAGCCCCCGGACGGCCUGUCGGAGUCCGGCCUCAGAAGGCAGGCGCGCGAGGCGGAGAUCAUCGCCGACCACACCUGGGAGGUCCCGGAUAUCGACGUGACCCAGUUCCACCAGGUGGCCCAGAUCGGUGGCCUGUCGGGCGACGAAGCGGACAGGCUCAUGGACGCGAUCCGCACGGCAGCCGCCGAGAUGGGAACCUUCAUAGUGACGGUGACGGACGGCGGCAUGCUCGACAUGGCCCUGAACAUGAUCCACAGCUUGGACACGGCUCCCUGUCAUGCCCCUCGCCUCGUCAUCGGCCUGGGGGCGAACCUGUGCCCCACGUUCGCGAGCCUCAACCUGACCACCUGCGUGGAGGUGUUCGAGGACUCAGCGGGUUCGGAGGACGAGGUGGCCUGGGGGUCCCACGAGUAUUGGCAGGUGGUCUUCCGAAAGCACGUCGUGCUCACGCUUGUUGGCAUGAGCCAGAUGGCGAGGCACGUGAUCUACACCGACCCCGACAUCGUGUUCCUCGGCUCCCCCGUGACCUACUUCGACACCGAACAGUCGUACGACAUCAUAUUCUCGCCCAACAACAUGCUGGACCCGAACGCCACGAGGGUGGACGACGUCGCCGACACGUACGAGACUCGCGGGAUGGAGAACAUCCUGCUCGGGCCGCACAACCGCCGAGCCGACAUUAAUACUGGCCUGUUCCAGAUGAAGUCCAACAAAAACGUCGCCGACCUGAUGCUGAAGACCAUGGAGAUCUUCCGGGACCAGGAGUUCGUGCACGGUCACUACCAGCAGUACUCUUUGGUAAAGGCUUUAGACGAGUUGCCUGACGUGAAGGUCGGCGUCGCCGCGGGCGACAAGCUCGUGAACGGCAACGUCUUCUGGGGUCACCGCGAGCUUUUGUCGGAAGACGGCGUGAUCUCGAUCCAUGCCAACUGGAUGCCGUGCCAGCUCAAGAUCCCAUGCCUCAAGGAAGCGAACCUCUGGGUGGACCCCGCCAACCCGCAGCGGCUGACCUUCGUGCCCAAGCGGAUGGUCGCCAGGAUGGACUACCGCGUUGCCACCGUGGAGGCCUGCGGCGAGGCCGCGGCGCUGGAGCCGCCCACGAUCCCCGAGAAGGCCAAGUCGACCACGCAGGCGCCGCCCCGGCCGACCGUGCCUGGCUGCUACCUCUGGCUGCCCAAGGGCUGCCCGCAGCACAACUUCCACGCCCAGGACCAGUGGCGCAAGACGGAGGCGUCGAGGGACCGCCCCCAGUGCACGAGCGAGGUGAAGGAGCUCUUCCAGUCGUGGUGCGGCACCAGCCAGGUGGAGAUGCUGUACAUCGCGCCUCCGCCGGCGGACGCCCCCCCUGAGCCCACAGCGCCGGGGUGUUACGUCUGGAUGCCGGGCGGCUGCGAGAAGCAGCGCUUCCACGCCCAGUCGGCCUGGAGGCAGACGACCUCCUUUACCGACCAGGACUCGUGCAUCGACAAGGCACCCGAGAAGUACAACAGGUGGUGCGACGCCAGGGACUCCUUAGCGCUGUGGGUGGCGGCCGCGCCAGAUCCGCCCCAAGAACCCGGCUGUUACGCCUGGUUCCCCACGGGCUGCAAGUUGAACCCGUUGUCUUCCAACCUCAUCGCGCACGCUGGAUCCGCGACGGCUGGGGCGAGAAGUACGCGGGGGCCGGCGCCGACAAAGCCGUGUGUACGGAGGUGCGUAAGGCUGCGAUCGAGGAGUGGUGUGGCAUCCAGAACGCCCAGAUGGUCUUCGUGGACGACGGCCCGGGCUCCACGACGGCCGCGGAGGACGGCCGGGAUGCGGCCCCAGGAGGCGAGGCGGCUGAGGCCGCCGACGCCGACGGCGGCGCCGAGGGCUCCGCCGACGGCACCGCCGGCGCCGACGGGGAUGCCGCCCCCGGGCGCCUCCGAGGGGCCCCAGGCGCAGCGGAGGCGGGCGCGGCCCGCGCCCCUGGCGGCUGAGAGGCGGGCGCCGCGGCGCGCGGCCCCCCGCGGCGGCGGCCCGCGGAGGCGGCGGCGGCUGCACCGCCCCCCUCCUCGCUCGCGGAGGGGGCUCGUCGCGGCUCCCGCCGUCCAUGACUGUCGCCUCGCGCGGGAGCGGCCACGUGGGGGGCCCUGCAGGAGCUGCCGGGAUUUGCCAGGCGGGAUCUGCACGGCACAGCCUCGGCGUGUCCGGCCCCGCCGCGGCGUCGCCGCUGCGACGCCCGCGCGCUGCGAGGGUCGGCCACGCGCAGAGGGGGGGGCACAGUCGACGUAG